UCUCAUUUGGGAAGAUGAGGCCUGGCAGUUGGGCCCCAGACACUGUUCCCACCCCCAAUCAACGGGCUGAUUUGCAUGCCCUGUUGUGGUCCAGUGGCCUCCCCUGCCCCUGCUCUGAAGCACCUGGAGCACACCCAACAGAACAGCUCCUGCCUGCCUUCCCACCUCUGGCCAUGGCCUGCUGGCGCUUGGCCCUCCUGACUGGGGCCCUCCUGACAGUCUCCCAGACAGCCCGGAUCCAGCCAGAUGCAAUACUGGUCUUCCCAGGCCAAGUAGCCCAACUCUCCUGUAUGCUCAACUCCCGCCAUAUGACCAUCGGGGACUACGGCGUGUCUUGGUACCAGCAACGGGCAGGGAGUGCCCCCCGCUACCUCCUUUACCACCGCUCAGAGGAGGACCACGACCAGGCCCCAGACAUUCCUGACCGGUUCUCAGCAGCCACGGAUAAAGCCCACAAUGCCUGCAUCCUGACCAUCAGCCCUGUGCAGCCUGAGGAUGAUGCGGAUUAUUAUUGCUCUGUGGGCUACAUACCCUAGGGUGGAGUGUGGGAUGAGUGUCUCCUAUCUACGCCCCACUUCUGUCUCUGGCUUUAGGCCCCUCUCUCUGAGCCUUGA